AUGCUUGGAAACUUCGUACGUAGGUUAUCGGGACGAGAAGGCCUUGUUCGGGUACAUUUUAGCUGUGUGAGAAAUGCCCACACCUGUCUUCCUUAUUCAGAAUAUCAUCCGGAUAUCAAUCUUCAAGUAACAGGAGAACUUAGUGAUCUGGAGUUUCCUCCUGAUAGAAGACGUUUACCUGCGGUCAGUCGACAACCUCAGCUACCAGCGUCCUCUAAGCCACCCAAAUAUACACGACAAAAAAUUGACUGGCGGGGUCCAGAAACUAUUUUUAAUAAGCUUAUUUAUCGUCAGUAUGGAAUUCAAGCAAUGGAAGGAGGUGAACUUGAGUUUGGUCAUUUUGAAAUGAUGAGGAUAGCUAUUAACAAACAUAUAGAGGAAAAGCGAAUGUUCGCAGUAUGGGGUGUCGAAGCCCCCUGGAAACCAGUUACUCGUCGUUCUCAGGGAAAGAGAAAAGGUGGUGGGAAAGCUAAUAUACAUCACUACUCUACUCCAGUCAAAGCUGAAAGGAUUAUAGUUGAACUUGGAGGUUAUCUGAACUGGAGAGAAGCUUAUCGUAUUUUGGUGCGUGCUGCUGAUAAGUUACCAUUCCGAGCUAGAUUUAUUUCCCAAGAACUUUUAGAUACAGAAUCUCAAAUAGAGGCGUACAUUAAAGAAAAAAAUGUAAACCCGUUUUCUGAACCAGGUUAUGCAUUAGCUCACAACUAUGCAGGUUGUCGAAGCUUCAUCAGUCCAUACUAUUUGGAUUGGGGUACAAUUAGGUAUCACUGA